AUGUCAAUGACUGGUCAGGGCUCCAGCAACGCCGAUGAUCCCUUAGCGGCAUACACUGAUCCGCAAGACGAAUUCGGGUUCAAUGAGUCUCCAGAAGCUAAUCGCGGCGCGGAGGGACUUAAUGAACCAAUAUCUUUCAAACCUAAAAAAACGAGACAAUCGCGAUUUAGUUUGUCGAAUCUGUUCUUGAAUACCGCGGGCGGUUCAGGCAAUACACCAUUCGGCUUCUCCGCGACAGGGACCCAAGGUGGACAGAAUGGAGAUGCUUCGCCGUUAGAUACAUAUGGACCAUUGGGUCCAAAUACCGAUCCCAAUUCCUCAAAAGACGGUGUACCCUCGGAUUGGUAUGUGGAAGGUCCCGGUCGCCGCGUUGGUUACGACGACUUCUCAGCAAUCGAUUGGAUCUAUGAAUACACCAAAGAACGUCAACGAAAACGACUGCUAUAUUCCAGUGGACAGGGUAUCUUGGGUCAUUUCCGUCGCCUUCUCGAUGCCAGCAAUGUGUGGCUGGUUUUGGUUGCAACUGGUAUUGCAGUCGGAAUCAUUGCCGCGUCCAUUGAUAUUGCGACAGACUGGCUAGGGGAUCUUAAAACUGGUUAUUGCAAGCGCGGAAAAGGAGGUGGCAGGUUUUAUUUGAACCGGAGCUUUUGCUGCUGGGGUCUGGACGAUUAUUCCAAAUGCUUAGAUUGGACGCCAUGGGGGACUGCAUUAGGAGCGUCCUCUAAGGGAGGGCAAUACGCUGUUGAGUAUAUCUUCUAUAUCUUGUUUUCCGUGGUAUUCGCUUUCUGCGCGUGCAUCCUGGUUCGUAGAUUUGCCAUUUACGCCAGGCAUAGUGGAAUCCCUGAAAUCAAGACUAUUCUCGGAGGCACUGUUAUCCGGCAUUUUAUGGGUCCUUGGACCUUGGCCAUUAAGUCACUUGGACUGUGUUUAUCUGUCGCAUCCGGCCUAUGGCUCGGAAAAGAAGGCCCCCUGGUUCAUGUUGCAUGCUGCUGCGCGAAUAUUAUGAUGAAACCUUUUGAUAGUCUCAACGGGAACGAAGCCCGAAAACGUGAAGUUCUUUCUGCAGCCGCCGCUGCAGGUAUCUCAGUUGCAUUCGGUGCCCCCAUCGGAGGCGUGCUUUUCAGCUUGGAGCAACUUUCAUACUACUUCCCGGACAAAACCAUGUGGCAAAGCUUUGUUUGCGCCAUGGUUGCUGCCGUCACACUACAAGCUUUGAACCCUUUUCGAACAGGCAAAAUCGUGCUCUACCAAGUCACCUAUACCCGAGGCUGGCACCGUUUUGAAGUCAUCCCAUUCAUCAUACUUGGUAUUGUGGGUGGUCUCUUUGGAGCGUUCCUCAUCCGUCUGAAUGUUAAAGUGGCCAAAUGGCGGCGAUCUCGAACUUCUUCAAGGCCGGUCAUUGAAGUUGCGGUGGUGGCACUUCUAACUGCUCUCAUCAACUUCCCGAACCACUUCAUGCGAGCUCAGAACUCGGAACUGGUCCAAUCCCUAUUUGCUGAGUGUAACAGUGACACAACUGAUAGAUUUGGUCUCUGCGUUACCGGAACUAAGUCGGCGCUUGGUGUUUGGCCGCUGUUCUGGCAUUUUUUUCUCGCCUCUCUGACCUUCGGACUCGAUAUCCCAGCCGGUAUUAUUUUGCCCUCGGUGGCUAUUGGUGCAAUGUAUGGGCGUGCAUUGGGUAUUCUGGUUCGCAUGCUGCAAGAAGCCUAUCCAAAGGCCUUGCUCUUUGCCAAGUGCGAGCCUGACAUACCGUGCGUGACGCCUGGCUUAUACGCUAUCAUCGGUGCUGCUUCUGCCCUAGGUGGUGCGACUCGGAUGACCCUUUCGAUCGUGGUCAUCAUGUUUGAGUUGACGGGAGCCUUGACUUACGUCAUUCCAAUCAUGAUUGCAGUGAUGUUGUCAAAAUGGUGCGGCGACAUCUUCGGCAAACGUGGCAUCUACGAAUCGUGGAUUCAACUCAAUGAAUACCCCUUCCUUGACCACCGGGAUGACACUAAUCCCCCGGACGUACCUGCUCUCCGGGUCAUGGCCACUGUCGACGACAUUUCGGUGAUUACAGCUACAGGCCAUACCAUCGAUUCGCUUCGAGCUCUUUUGACCAACACCACCUACCGAGGCUUUCCUGUAAUCUCAGAGACAUCAACUCCAACUUUGCUCGGGUAUAUCACACGGAACGAACUUUCAUAUGCCCUGGGAUAUUCAACAUCGCCUACAAACAGGAGCCUCACCGGCGAAACCCAGGUCUUCUUCGUCCACCAACCAUUUGCUGAUCCUGUCGAAACGCUGGAUCUUCGGCCAUGGAUGGAUCAAACUCCUAUCACCCUCAACAGCAAUAUUAGCUUCUUGAUCGUGUUGCGAAUGUUCCAACGCCUCGGUCUCCGCUACGUGCUCUUCGCAAACAAGGGUAUUCUCCAGGGCUUACUGACGAAGAAAGAUGUCUGGUCGGUGCUCAGUGGUGUGGAGUUUCGGCGCCAGGAGGCUCUUCGAGGCGAUCAUUUCGACGAAGAUCAUCACGGCACUGAAGAGGAAGGACUACUUCACGGCGGGGAAAGAGAUAGUAUCAGCAGUAACAUACGGCGGGAUUCAUUCACCGCCGACAGAAUGCCGCGUCAAGCUCGGAGCUCGUCCGCAUCAUUGGGCCUUUCUCAAGAUUCAACCGCCAAGAUGAUGGUCGAUCCAUUUGAAGUGCGUAUGCGCUUCACAACACAGCUUCAGCAUCUCAGCGCAUCUGUCACGUCUUCGCAAAAGGCAGCGCAUUAUGCACUCAAAUACCGUGAUCUGGACGAGGAUCUUCAUUCCUGCAUCCUAGAGCAAAUCGAGAGAAACAAUAUGAACAACCGCGCAAACAUCAUGUCUUUCAUCGAACACUUUUGUGAAAUGGCCACCAAAGAAGACCACCUUCCCUACGUCCGCAUGAUGCAGCGCGACAUUCUCAGAGUGGUGGAUGCAGUCGUCCCACCCGAUGGAACAGGAGCUGCCAACGUCAAGCAUGUCCGUCUCGUCCUUGACAGCAUGCAAGGCAAGGGAAUACUGUCCGUCGAAACCGUCACCGAAAUCGAUGCAGCUCUCAAAGACCGCGACACGCACCCCUCACACCUUGAUCUCGAGGACGAGGAAGAUGACGGACCAGAGGAUAGCGUGAGAUCCAAGACCGGAACCCCGCGCAACCCCAAGGCGUCCGGGAUGCGUCUCGACAAACGGCAGAUUGAACAGCGCAUUGAAGAGGACCGAGAGCGCAACAAGCGACUGCGGGAAAGUAUGUGGGCCACGGAAGGAGACGACGAGAAGGAAUGGCAGAAAAUUCUGGACGAAGUGAGUGAGAUCGGUUCGGAUGAUUACAGAAACGCUGCAGAGGAAGCUGCAGAGCGCCAGCUCUGUGCCGAUCAACACGAGGCUGAGAUGCUGAGAUGCUGA